AUGUCGCCCGCUCCUGCUCCAUCUGCUUCGCAAUUGCCCAUGGCCAAGGACUUUUCAAAGUUCCUCUCCGUCGAGGGAGCUGCACGCAAGAAGAGUCCCCUGAAGAGCCUCCUUCCUAUUAUGAAAGGCGAUAUGAUCUCUCUUGGUGGAGGUCUGCCUCAUCCUUCCACGUUCCCUUUCCACUCCUUGUCGGCGCAAAUCACAAGCAUGCGCCCAGCAGCAGGAGAGACACACCAACAGAAGACAAAGACUAGCUCGUCUGACCUUGUCACUGUCCCUCUUGCACCCCAUCCUGACAAGAUCGAGAGCUUGACCGCUUCCUUGCAGUACGGCACUGGAACAGGCAUCAAGUCGCUGAGAGACUUUUGCAGGGAGCACGUCCGAUCGAUGCAUCAGCCCCAGUACCAGGACUGGGAUGUCAUCCUCUCUGCUGGCAACACCGACGCAUUCUCAAAAGUAAUCGGAUUGCUCUGCAACAGAGGUGACAAGAUCUUUGUCGAGGAGUGGACUUACCCCACUGCACUCGAGACAUUGGAUCCCCUGGGGGUUGGUCAUAUUGCGGUCGAGAUGGAUGGUGAGGGCAUGACGGCUACAGGUUUGAGAAGACUCUUGGAUAACUGGGGAUCUAACCCUGAGCAGACCAAUGAGCCCAAACCUCGCGUUGUCUAUUUGAUUCCCACCGGACAGAACCCCACAGGGGCGACCAUGUCAGUCAAGAGACGGAUGGAUAUUCUUUCGGUUGCUCAGGACCAUGACUUGAUCCUGAUCGAGGAUGAUCCUUACUACUACCUCCAGUUCCAUGUCGAGGGUGGAUCAUGGAUGCCCUCGUUGCUGUCGAUGGAUACCGACGGUCGCGUGAUCCGACUUGACACAUUCUCCAAGACCUUGGCACCUGGAUGCCGUGUCGGAUACAUUUCGAUGAACGCUCGGUUCUGUGAUACUAUGCAGUACCACAACGAAGUGACCAUCCAGCAGCCCAGCGGGUUCUCGCAGGCUAUUCUCGCCGAGAUGUUGGUCUCGCACUGGGGCCAGGAGGGCUACAGGCGGUAUUUGACCGAUAAUGUCCGCACAGAGUACCUGCAGCGAUCCCAGCACCUCCAGACGGCGCUCAGGACCCAUCUUAACCCCAAGCAGGCGAGUUUCAUUGAGCCCUCGGCAGGGAUGUUUAUCUGGAUUAAGAUCCAGCUGGACCAGCACCCACGCUACAAGACCGUCAAGGAUUCGGUGUUGAUGCUCGAGUUGUUUCAGAAGAGUGUUAAGAAUGGGGUGUUGAUGGUCCCCGGGUGGCAGUUCAGCUGCAAGCCCAAGCCCCAGGAUGUCGACCCUGCGGAUGUGAUGAACUGUUGGUUUGAUGAGGAUGCAAACUACUUGCGUGCGACGUUUGCGUAUGCUAGUUUUGAGCAGAUGACGGAGGCAUCUGACCGCUUUGGACACACCGUUAGCGAAUUCUUUUCUGCCUAG